AUGAGCGAGAACGACAAGCCCACGACCCGCACCAGCAUCUCGUCGCUCCUGUCGCGCGCACAAGAGCGCGUGCCGCCCCUCUCCGCCCUCCCCCACCUCGCUCGCCAAGGCGCAGCGCGCGUCGACCCUCGCCAGCACGCCGAGACGCUCCAGCUCCAGCUCGUCAUCAAGUCGCUCAGCGGCUGCGUCCAGGACCGCCACGCCCUCGCGCGCGAGCAGCAGGUGUUUGCCAAGCAGCUCUUCACCUGGUCCCGCGACGACGACGGCCUCGACGUCGCCGACACGUGCGACCGCCUCGCGUGGAUGCUCUUCAAGACGAGCGAGCUCGAGCAAGAGUGCGCCAACAAGGUCGAGGAGAGCCGCGCCAUCCUCAAGGACAUUCGCAACAUGGAGAACGACCUCGUCCCUCGUCGUCGCAACGAGAAGCAGCUCGCCAACAAGAUCGCGACCCUGAGCAAGGAGGCGGCCGCCGCCACCACGUCCAAGGCCGACCUCAAGGCGUCCGAGCAGCUGCACAAGCUGCGCGCCGAGCACGCCCAGGUCGAGGCCGAGAACCGCACGUUCGAGCAGUCGUUCGCCGUCCUCAAGCGCCAGAAGCUGCACGAGGCCUUCUCGCGCCAGUUCAUGGCGCAGCGCGCCCUCGGCGACAAGUCGGCCCUCGUCGCCGCGUACGGCGAGCUCCUCCUCCAGGGCCUCGAGACGCAGGGCGCCGGCAACGAGUACAAGGGCAAGGAGCGCACGGCGCGCGUCAAGGUCGAGCUCGAGGCGGCGCUCGCUGGCUGGACGCCGGGACCGGCGCCAGAGCUCAACGAGCAGGCGCACGAUGAUGGCGCGAGCGUGUUAAACCACAGCGACACGAGGAGCUUCGGCGAGACGCACGGCCCGCAGCUCUCGCAGCUCGACUCGCACGGACCCCCCUCAUCGGCGCCCUCGUCGCACGACUCGCCCGCGAACGCCUUUGCGCACGCACCCGCUCUCGCGCACCACCACCACAUCUCGCACCCGCCGCCUCUCGCGACGCUCCACUCGCAGGCCGAGCUCGACACGUCAUCCUUUUCGUCGUCGUCGUCCCAUCACGGCGUGCCGCCGCCUCUCCCUCCUCGCGCUUCGUCACCCUCCCCCUCGAGCAUCCCGCCGCCUCUCCCCGCUCGCGCGAGCCAGCCCCUCUCGCCCGGCGCCGCCUCGCGCAUCAACCUCUCGCCGACCUCGCCCGUCCUCCCGACGUCGCCGACCCGCGCCGCGACGGCCGUCGCCGUCGACCUCUCGCCGCCCGGCGUCGACACGAGCCCGGGCAUGGCGCCUCCCGAGCCCACCGUCGCCGAGACGGGCGCGCCCAUCCUCGGCACGGGCGGGCCCUCGAGCGGGACCUUGAGCCCGCGCCGCAACUCGACCCUGUCGGGCUCGGGCUCGGGCUCGACGUCGAGCUUUGCGACGGCGCACGCGCACGCGCACGAGCCGAUUCCGGCGGGCGCGGCGCCGCAGAGCGCGAUCCCGCCGCUCAGCAUGCCGGGCACGUUCGACGCGGCCGGGUGGGGCUCGUCGUCGUCCCUCGACGGGCAGUCGGGCGAGCACGAGCGCAACGAGGACCUGCCGGCGUACGGCGAGGGCGACGACGAGGCGCGCAGGGCGAGGGAGCAGGCUGAGAAGAUUCUCGCGCAGGAGAGGGAGCGCAAGGCUGGCGGUGGUGGCGGCGGGUUCGCUUGAGUGUCGACCGUGUUCUCUCUCCCUCCUCUGUGUACAGCUCCCUCGUCGUUCGUAGCGCGCAAGCUUGCAAGUCUCUGUCCUGAUCCUGCC